AUGUCGUCUGAAGCAUUUGUAACAUUAGUAACAAAUGAUGAUUAUGCACUUGGAGCACUUGUUCUUGCUCAAUCAAUUCAUUUAGUUGGAACAAAACGAAAUUUAGUUGUUCUUGUGUCAAAUAAUUUGUCUGAUUUGUUAAAACGAACAUUAGAAACAAGUUUUGAUGAAGUUAUUCUUGUUGAUGAAUUUGAUUCAAAUGAUAAUGAACAUUUACGUUUAUUAUCACGUCCAGAACUUGGAAUAACAUUUACAAAAAUAAAUUGUUGGCUUUUAGAAAAAUAUUCGAAAUGUGUGUUUUUGGAUUCCGAUUGUUUUGUUUUACGUCAAAUUGAUGAUUUAUUUGAAAGAGAAGAAUUUUCUGCUGCUCAUGAUGCUGGCUGGCCUGAUUGUUUUAAUUCAGGAGUUUUUGUUUAUCGUCCAUCAAAACAAAGAUUUAGGAAAUUAAUGCAACUUGCAUCUCAACAACAUGUUUCAUUUGAUGGUGGUGAUCAAGGUCUUUUAAAUGAAUUUUUUUCAAAUUGGCGUUCAGCUGAUAUAUCUCGACAUUUACCAUUUAUUUAUAAUGUAACAUCAAAUGCAUUUUAUUCAUAUUUACCAGCUAUUACAAGAUUUCGUAAUGAUAUUCGUGUUAUUCAUUUUGCUGGUACUUUAAAACCAUGGCAUUUAACAUACAAUCCACAAAAUGAACAAUUAUCAGGAAAUUUAGAAGGACAAAAUGAUAUUCAAAGAGAUUUUCUUCUUUCAUGGUGGAGAAUUAUGUAUCAAAGAGUUUGGCCACAAUUAUCAAAAUUUCAUCAGGGUCGAUUAGUUGGUUUACUUGAUUAUAAGAGUUUACCAACUAAUAAUGGUAUUGAAAUCGGUUCAGCUGAACAUCGUCGAGCAUGGGAAUCUGGUCAUAUUGAAUAUUUUGGUCGAGAUUCAUUUUCAAAUAUUCAACAACAAUUAGAACUUAAUAUAAAUCAUCUUCCAACAGAUUAUCAUCCAUCACAAGAAAGACAAAUAACACCUGAAAAAACAACAGGUAUUCUUAAAAAAUCAACUAAACAAACAACAUCUCCACCUGAAAAUGCUGGGUGUGGGUGUGGGUGUGGGUGCGAGUAUUGAAGUUAUGGCUUCUUCAGCACACCACCCACACACCACGCCCACACCCCCACACCGGAUCUUUCUCAUCUUCGAACUCGACUGAGACAUUGAUCAGACUGAACUAUGUAGAAAAUUUCAUCACGAUCCCACUCUCCUUUCGAAAGUUAUCGUGUAAACGGCGGAACGGCCACAUUGACCGAUUAUGGGUGUGGGUGUGGGUGUCGGUGUGGGGUGUGGGGGUGGUGUGCUGAAGAAGCCAGAACUUCAAUACUCGCACCCACACCCACACCCACACUCACACCCACACACCACCCACACCCACCCACAACCGGUCCCUGUAAAAUCAAAAUUUCAGUCCCGGUCCCGUCCCGGUCCCGGAAAAAAUCAAAAUUUUGGUCCCGGUCACGGCGGGACCGGGACCACUUUGCAGUUCCCUACCACGCCCACACCCACACCCACAUCCAAUUUAUGAUUCAUUCACUAGUGAGCUAUUAUUGAAAAAACGAUUACGUGCCACAAAAUGGUCAGAAAAAUACAAAUUGCCCUAGACUUUGAGUAUUUCAGAAAAGAAGGAUGUGGGUGUGAAUGUGGCUUUGGUCAUCUAUCAGGAUGUAUCCGAUUACAUCUAAAUACACUCACAUGCAUUCAACGCUCACCCACACUCCCCAGGGUCAAGUUUUAUAUCGUGGCAUUAUCGUAAGAUAGUCAUCUCGAACUUUGAAAGCUUCUAACCCCCC